AUGUUUCCCAGUGUGAAGGACCGAGCGCGGCAGUUGUUUGGAGAAGCUGCUAUACCCGAUACCGCACCACCACCUCCGGUCGCGACAGGAAGGAGAGGCGCGCCAUUGAAGGCGGCUGCAGCUACGAAGGCGACCCCAGAACCCAAGACGCCUGCGAAAACAUCCAGAGCCGACGCAAGGUCAAAGAAAGAUGCCGCACCGGUGGUCGAGGAAACACCAAAAGCCAUAGGCGCAUGGCCGAGUCCUUUUGCUUCACUCAGCACGAGAACAUCGCCACCAGCGACCACCACGCCGCCAACGCCAUCGAAAUCGAAAUCGUCGUCCAAGACAGCUACCGCAUCGAAACCAGUUGCACCUUCAAAGUCAGAGAAGCCUUCCAAGGCCGAAAAGUCGGAAAAGACGUCAAAAUCUGAGAAAACCGAGAAAUCGUCGAAGUCUGACAAAGCUGAGAAGGCUGCAAAGGCUGAAAAAUCUUCCAAGUCUGACAAGAAGUCAAGUUCGCGACCGAAGACUCCUCCGACUCCCAAGCCUUCUGGGUCUUUCUUUGGGGGCGCAGCUAAGACUGCUACGCCUGUGAAGAAGAAGGUUGAGCCAAAACCUGCGCCCGAACCUAAAAAGACCUCGCGCCCUAAGCUCGAUACCCGCACCUCGUCUCGUCCAAAAAUGGAGCGAAGCUCGUCAUCCUCUUCCCUCGAAGACGACGACGAAUACGGUGAUCUCCGCGCUGCCUGCCUUCGAGAAGUAUCUAACGUCACCGGUCUCAAGGGAAAGAACCUGGCAAUAUCUUUGCGACAGCGAUCCUCUGGUGGUUGGUAUGCGGCGCUGAAAGAUGUUGGCGCGGAUAAAUAUCUGAAGAUGUGGAUGAACCGCGACAAGACAUUCAAGACGCAGGACGAAGCGUUAGAGGCCUAUUUGGUGUUCGUUAAGAAGAUGAAUACGGAUAUGAAGCUUUUUGGACCAAUGAGCCCAAAGACUGGGAAGACCAAGGGUUUUUUCUAA